AUGUUGAACCUCGUGUCCCUGAAGCGAGAACGGUUCACUGGACCACUUUGGCUCGUGACAGGGACGAAUGGAGACGUUACUGGCGCCCGCUCGAGGAUUUCGAUGAUCAACGGGACGACAGGUGAUACAGGUGAUAUACUAAUUAGAAGGCUCGAUUCACUGCUCUUCAUAUCGAAAUUGUGUCACAUUGAUGUCUUAAUUGAUUGCAACCAAUGUCUUGAAUGGUACCCAGAAAUGGAUAACAACGCCUAUCACAGAUAUUGUUAUCAAUGGAACAUUUUCCCCACGGAUUUUUCAUUAAUUGGGAAUCCCAAAUCAUUAGCGGUCAGAUUUAGUCACAAAUGAUAUGUCUAAAAACAAAAAGGAAUCGUGGUACUUCAUGCACAGCUCCUAGAUUACUCUAUCCUGAACCGAUUCAUGGAGAAAAGACGAAAAAGACGCAGUGUUCACGUGAAUUUUCUAGUUUUCACGGCGAGUACUGUGAACUCAUUUCUGUAGACUCAUCGUAAGGAUUGCUUUCUAUUGAAGAAUAUAGGAAAGGAGCUUGCGAAAAGGGCCAGAUGGGUGACGAAACAGUGACGUCCAUUAGGACAACGAACAGCUCUGGAUUGAAUGGCGAAGAAUAAAAGUGAAGAAAGGAGAAGAAAGUACUGUAAUUUCAAGCAAGUACUGAGUUCAACCGCGAGUAGUGUGCCAGGUCUAGAGCUAGGUUCGUGUUCGGGAAAAACAACGAAUCCAAAGCCAUUGUCUAAUGAGCGUCAUGAAUUUUCUUCGUUAUUAUUUUUCUAUUUUCUGCUAUUAUCACCAGAAAGACACCUAGGCCAAGCGACCCAUCGAAAGGGAUGA